AUGGAUGAAGCUGGAAACCAUCAUUCUGAGCAAACUAUCACAAGGACAGAAAACCAAACACCGCAUGCUCUCACUCAUAGGAGGAUGGAGUCCUGUCUGUCUUGUUCUCAGCUGUAUUCCCAGUACCUGGGGCUGUCUCAGACACACAGCAGCCCUCCCCUGGCCCCGGACCCUCCAAGGAGACAGCGGCAGGAGCGCACUGUCUACAAUCAGAGCCAGCAGGAAGUGCUAGAACUUUACUUUCAGAAAGAACAGUACCCGAACUACGACGAGCGACUGAAUCUGGCGAAGACACUCGGCUUCAGGGAGCAACAACUGCAGGUGUGGUUCAAGAAUCGCCGCGCCAAACUAGCUCGGGUGCGGCGGCUCCAGCAGCAGCCCCAGCGCGUCCCUGGGCGGAGAGGCCGAGGAGCCCGCGCUGCGCCCCUAGUCCUUGCAGCCGCUGCCUCCGCACCUCAGCCGGGCCCCUCAGGAAUCCUUCCAGCGGCAGAACCCACGAUCUGCAGCCUCGACCAGGCCUGGGGUGGCCCUGGGUGCAGAGCCCAGAAGGGCAUCCCAGCUGCCCUGAGUCCGGGCCCUGGCCCGGUCCCUGCCCCAAUCCCAGGCCCAGCUCAGGUCCCAGGCCCGAUCCCAGGCCCAAUUUCAGGCCCAGUCCAGAUCCCAGGCCCAUUCCGUGGCCCAAUCCCAGGCCCAAUCCCAGGCCCAGCCCAGAUCCCAGGUCCAAUCCCAGGCCCAAACCCAGGCCUGAUCCCAGGCCCAUUCAGGCCCAGCCAGAUCCCAGGCCCAUUCCGUGGCCCAAUCCCAGGCCCAAUCCCAGGCCCAGCCCAGAUCCCGGGCCCAAUCUCAGGCCCAAUCUCAAGCCCAAACCCAGGCCCAGCCCAGAUCCCGGGCCCAAUCUCAGGCCCAAUCUCAAGCCCAAACCCAGGCCUGAUUCCAGGCCAAAUCUCAGGCCCAGGCCCAAUCAUAGACCCGAUUCCUGGCCCAGCCCAGAUCCCAGGCCCAGGCAGACUCCGAGGCCCAGGUCCCAUCUUAAGUCCUGGCCGGAUGCGAAGCCCUGGCUCACUUCCAGGCCUAGCCCCGAUUUUAGGCCCAGGCCCAGGCUCAGGCUCAGCCUCAAUCCCAGGCCCAGGAUCACUCCCAGCCCCGGCCCCCUUAUGGCCUCAGAGCCCUGAUGCCUCCGACUUCUUGCCAGACACCCAGUUAUUCCCUCACUUCACAGAGCUGCUCCCACCCCUAGACCCCUUGGAGGGAUCCUCAGUCUCCACCAUGACCUCUCAGUACCAAGAAGGGGAUGACUCUAUGGGCAAAAAAGACUCAGGGUCUCAGCACCAAGACGAGGGUGGCUCUGUGAAUGAAAAUCACUCAGGCCCCAGGUCAUUACUGGAUUUAUAG